GGAGAGGGCGACGGGGGGCUGCGGGAGUCUGUGUAGAUCCGCAGAUGGGGCCUGGAGGCCCCACCCUCCCCAGAGCCAGGCCCCGGAUCCCUGUCUGUCUCUUAUUAUUUUGGCAGGCAUUCGGAAGUUAAUCAUUCUCUACCGGAGCGGCUUCCCGUUUUUUUCACCCUGUGAGGACGCCAAGAGGAGAAGACCUCAAGUUGCCAUGAACUCUACCAUGACAAGCUGCGAGCACUCCGACUUCUUGCAGAGGGGUGAUAGCUUCCUCAGCUCCCACGAUGAUGGCCAAGGCAAGAAGAAGGAUGGCCAGUCGGGGAGUCCCAGCAGCAGCAACCUGAGAUAUGGCAUCUUGGACAUCCCACCAUGGUAUCUCUGCAUCUUCUUGGGGAUCCAGCACUUCCUUACGGCCCUGGGGGGGCUCGUGGCAGUGCCACUAAUCCUAGCCAAGGACCUGUGUCUGCAGCAUGACCCCCUGACCCAGAGCUACCUCAUCAGCACCAUGUUCUUUGUCUCUGGCAUCUGCACUCUCCUGCAAGUGCUUUUAGGAAUCAGGCUGCCCAUUCUCCAGGGAGGGACAUUUGCUUUUGUGGCACCCUCCCUGGCCAUGCUCUCCCUUCCUGCCUGGAAGUGUCCCGAGUGGACACUCAAUGCCAACCAGGUGAACACCAGCUCUUCUGAAUUCACCGAGGAAUGGCAGAAGAGGAUCCGGGAGUUGCAGGGCGCCGUCAUGGUCGCUUCCUGUGUCCAGAUUCUAGCGGGCUUCUCAGGCCUCAUCGGCUUUCUCAUGCGCUUCAUUGGCCCCUUGACCAUUGCUCCGACCAUCUCCCUGGUGGCCUUGCCUCUCUUCCAUUCCGCAGGCAAUGACGCCGGGAUCCACUGGGGAAUUGCAGCCGUGACCAUCUUCCUCAUCGUGCUGUUUUCUCAGUACCUGAAAAACGUCAUGGUGCCCGUGCCCAUUUAUGGACGAGAGAGGAAGUGGCACACCUCUAAGUUCUACCUGUUUCAGGUCUUCCCUGUGCUGCUGGCCCUCUGCAUCUCAUGGCUCAUCUGCUUCGUGCUCACAGUCACCAACGCCCUCCCUGUGGACCCCACAGCCUAUGGGUACGGGGCCCGCACCGACACCAAAGCCAACGUCCUGAGCCAGGCUCCUUGGUUUCGCUUCCCUUACCCAGGACAGUGGGGCCUCCCCACCGUCAGCCCGGCUGGGGUAUUUGGGAUCAUAGCAGGAGUGAUCUCCUCCAUGGUGGAGUCAGUAGGCGAUUAUUAUGCCUGUGCCCGGCUGGCGGGGGCCCCACCCCCUCCGAAGCACGCCAUCAACCGCGGCAUUGGCAUUGAGGGCAUUGGCUGCCUGCUAGCAGGGGCCUGGGGGUCCGGGAAUGGCACCACCUCCUACAGCCAGAAUAUUGGGGCACUGAGUAUCACCAAGGUGGGGAGCAGGAUGGUGAUUGUCGCCGCGGGCUGCGUGCUCCUUGUGAUGGGAGUAUUAGGGAAGAUCGGGGCUGCAUUUGCCACCAUUCCACCCCCCGUGAUUGGAGGCAUGUUCCUGGUCAUGUUCGGAGUCAUCGCUGCCGUGGGGAUUUCCAAUCUGCAGUACGUGGACAUGAACUCGUCCAGGAACAUUUUUGUCUUUGGCUUCUCCAUCUUCUGUGGGCUUGCCAUUCCCACCUGGGUGAACAAGAACGUUGAGAAGCUCCAAACAGGGAUUCUCCAACUGGACCAGGUCAUCCAGGUGCUGCUGACCACGGACAUGUUUGUAGGGGGAUUUCUGGGCUUUCUAUUGGACAACACCAUCCCAGGAAGUCCGGAGGAGAGAGGUCUCCUGACAUGGGAUCAAAUCCACGAGGAGUCUGAGGAGACUACAAAGGCAUCAGAGGUCUACAGCCUCCCCUAUGGGAUUGGCACAAAGUUCUGCACUUCCUCCUAUACUCGCUACCUCCCCUUCUUGCCGAGAUUGGAACAUGGUAGGAAAGGCUUGGAGACUGUAGCAUCAACUCCUGUCUGAGUUUCCAGCCUGCUGAUCUGCCCUACAAAUUUCAGAUUUGCAGUCUCCACAAUUGUGUGAAACAAUUCCUUCAAAUAAAU